GAAAGUUGUCAUGUUUACACAUACGGGUAUUUUGUACUAUUCGGUCAUGUCUUAAGAAGUAGGAUAUUCAUACUGAAUUAGGAAACGAUGUGCUGCCAUAUUUCUUUGGAUAAAUAUGUAGUUUUAUGUUCGCUUAUGAUUAAGCACUAAAGACUAAAACGAUGAAGGCAAGAUUUUAUCCAGCUGGUAAAUAAUUCAACUAAAAAUGACAACAACAGAAAAUGAAUAUUACCUUAGAACAACACUGCUUAUUAUGAAGGGUGGCGUUUUUGCCACAAGAAAAAUACUAAAUAGACAGGUUGCGAGUAAUGGAGGUGAUCUUAAUGUCUUGUUACUCAGCAACAGGAGAAAAUUAGAACAUGAAUUUCAUAAAAAGCAAUAUGAAAAACUUUUUCCAUUCUCUGGAGAAACAAAUGUUGAUGUGUGGGACAUUGCAAUGCUAACUGGUGUAUUGUUAAUUGUGUUUAAGCCAACUCUGUGCGACAAAGAUCGUGAUGCAAUACGCGCUAUCAAGAGCAACAGGAAUGAAGUGUCAGCACACAAUCCAACUGCAUCUCUUUCGAUCGACACUUUUGAAUAUUGUCGGGAUGAAUUAGAAAAAGCAAUCACACAACUUUGUUCAACAUUUGAUGACACCAUCAAGAAAGAAUGUAAAGAUAUCAUAAAUAAUUGCUUAAACGGAGCCUUAGAAAUUAAAUCAUGCUUGGAAAGUAUGAAAAGUGCAUGUGACACCGAUGACCUUUUCCGUGCAAUAAUGGCAAAAUUUGACUCUACUGGGAAGCAAUUGAGUGAAGAAAUCACGUCUGCAAAGAAAGACAUAUGUAAAGCAGUUCAUGAUGAACAAGAAAAGCAAACAUCUGAAAUACGAAAUAUGGUCAUAGAAGCUGUGAGAAAGGCAUACCAUGAAGGACGUAUCAUGAAGACGGUGAAAGGAGAAGAUUAUAAACCAAAGCAGAAAACAUUUCGACUGCCCAUACGAUGUGAAUCAUUCGGCGGCUUAGAACACAUUUGGAACUUGUUUGAAGGACAUGGAUCUAAAAAUCUAGAGAAGUUAGCAAUUGCUAUGUCAGCACAUCUUGGGACGACAAUUACAUUGACCAGUGCUGUAAAUGUAGGCCUGUUCUUAAAUGCAUUUGAAGAAGAAGGUCUUAUUGAAAGAGCCUUUACCAAAGAACAAGUGUUUACAAAUGCAGUCAAGAAAUUCCUCCAUAUGACUGGGCCAACUUUGCUUGCCACUUUAUUGUAUCAGUGUAAACUAAUACCGAAACUUGCUUACAACUGUAUUAUGGACUCCGUUAAGGUUGAUACAAGCCGCCAGAAAGAGGAAAUACUUGAUGAUUCAAACAGAAUUUUGCUUCAUCUUCUACGACAUCGGUUUGAAAGUGUAUCGAAACGCCGAAUACUUUUUGUAUGGAUAUUUAUGAAAAUUUACAUACACUGUACCAGGAUGCCAAUGACGGUUCCAAAAAUGACUGUUAAAAGGUCGUAUAAAAUACUUCGUAGCAUGAUGGUAAACAAUCUGUUAAACAAUGAAGAUAAAGUUAGAUACGAAUAUGUGUUGAAAACGACAUUGGCAACACCAGCGAUAACAGAAGCUGAUCUAGAUAAAAAAUUUAUAUGUAUCACCCUAUUGCAAGACUAUUAUGGUUUUAAAUAUGAUCAGGACCAGGUAGAAAAAGACGCUCUGAUAAUAAAAAUGUCUGAGCUAGUUUUCAAAACUAGAAACCCAUUAGUGUCAGAAAUAAUGUAUUUAAGCCGAUUAGCUGUUCUUUUGUACAAAAGUUGUAUGCUGACAGAAAGUAAAAUCCUCUUGCACGGUGCUAUGUGUAAGGCUUGUUUCGUAGAUCCAUGCUACGAAGUAAUUGAUAUGCACUAUAUGCAUGUAUUUCUCAAUCUUUUACAAUAUGAACAGUUUCCAUCAACAGAUAGUCGGGAAGCUGUUUUAAGGUCAGGAAGAAUCGGACUGGAAAUGUUGACUUGUACGAAAGAAUAUCAUCACGUGUAUGAAAUAUGGAGGUAUAUGUUUAAAUUGAGAAUGGUUUUCUGUCUUCUUCAGCUAGGAAGCAGUGGAUACUUAAUUCAAUCAAAUGAAACUGUUAUUGACGAGGCUUCAAUCGUCGAAGCGAAUUCUCUUCUUGAAGAUAUUGCUCGUAUGGACUCAUUCAGUCACUGUUUUGGGAGAAAAAAUCUUUAUUAUUUUGCGCUAGUGAGAUUAUGUAUUUUGAAAUCAAAUUACCAUAUGGCUAGGUUUUAUAUACACGGCCUCCUAAAUCAACUUGCAAACUGUUAUGUAGGAAAAGAUCCAAAGAUUCUAGUAGUUGCAAAAUCAUACUUGAAAGACAUUAAUGAUAUAUUGAAAUCUGACGAUAGCGUAUUGGAGGAAAAAGAAGGCACUCAAGUGAACAGUACCAAAGAGCAUCUCUGUUCAACAUCAGAGACAUCUGAUCUGUCCGUUUUGCGUGAAGAAAAGCAAGCAUCAGAGAUAAAUGAACCAGAACUAAAACAUCUUGAAGGCCAUGAACCACCAAUUGACUUCAGUAAUCCAGAAAAAGUCCUAAGCGAUUUAAGACAAUUGUUUGACAGUUUCUUUAAUGAAAGAAUUGUUCAAAACCCACAAAGAAAAACAUCAAGAAAGAAAAAGCAGAAAACAAAGCGCAGACAAAAAGAUAUGCGUGAUUAUCUUGACGAGCCUAGCAUUGAGUGAACUUCUACAGCAGUAUUCUAAUACUAGAUUAAUUUGUGAUGACUACUUAGUGACUUGUUUCUUUCUAAAUUUGACUUAUCUUGAAAUGACAUUCCUGAUUGCAAAUUCAAAUCUUUCUAUGUAUACAAAUGUAAAAAUAUAUGUGGCUCUGCAAAACAGACACCAUACAUUUCAAAUUUUAUUUAGUUUAAAUAUUCACCUGCUAAAUGUUAAUUUUAGAAAGUACUUGCAGGAAACGUAGCGUAUGCGGAAAGUCAAUGAUUUUCCAGCAAGAUGUUUUAAUACAUUUUUAAAGUUUCUUUUUUCAAUUUUGUUAUCUUAAAAACAUAUCGACUAAGCAAGAAGCUCCAUUUAUAAUUGUGCCCCAAAUGAGUGGUGGGGGUGCAUAUAGAUUUGGUCUUGUCCGUCCGUCCGCCCGUCCGUCCGAAGUUCGAAGACGCGCCUAGCUCAAAAUGUAUUUGAUAUAAAUUGAUGAAACCUUGCACGAGUCUUUAUCAUGAUAUGAACAUGCGCACCUCCUAUUUUUCGUCUGGCUCCGCCCCCCCCCCCCUAUUUUUAGAGUUAUGGCCCCUGAAAUAGUCAAAAAUGCACAUUUUCACCUUGUGACACGCCUAGCUCAAAAAGUAUUUGAUAUUGAUUCAUGAAACCUUGCAUGAGUCUUAAUCAUGAUAUGAACUUGUGCACCUCCUAUUUUUCAUUUUGGUCUGCUCCCUAUUUUUAGAGUUAUGGCCCCUGAAAUAGGCAAAAAUGCCCUUUUUCACCUUGUGACGCGCCUAGCUGAAAAAGUAUUUAAUUUAUAUAUAAAUUGAUUAAAUCUUGUAUGAGUCUUUAUCAUGAUAAGAACUUGUGCACCUUCUAUUUUUGUCUGACUCCGCCCCCUUUUUUCAGAGUUAUGGCUCCUGAAAUAGUCAAAAAUGCACAUUUCACCUUGUGACGUACCUACCUCAAAAAGUAUUUUAUAUAAAUUGAUUAAACCUUGUAUGAGUCUUGUCAUGAUAUGAACCUGCGCACCUCCUAUUUUUUGCCUGGCUCCACUCACUAUUUUUAGAGUUAUGGCCCCUGAAAUAGUCAAAAAUGCACAUUUUGACGCACCUAGCUCAGAAAAUAUUUAAUAUAAAUGUUUGAAAACUUGCAUAAGUCUUUAUCAUGAUAUAAACUUGCACACCUUCUAAUGUUUGGCCGGCUCCACCCCCCUAUUUUUAAAGUUAUGGCCCCUGAAAUAGUAAAAUAAAUGCACAUUUUCACCUAAUUAUGUGCCUAGCUCAAAAAGUAUUUAAUGUAAAUUCAUGAAACCUUGCUAGAGUCUUUAUCAUCAUGUGACCUUUCACACUUGGCAUUCUUCUUGAGAAUCUGUGUGCUUAUUACAGUUAUGGCCCUUGAAAUAGCCAAAAUAGUUGAUUUUUUGUUUGUGAUGCUCAUAGCUCUAUAAUGUCUGUUUAGGCUAAACCCCAUUAACACUGCAAACAUUUGAAUUAUUGCCCCUUAUUUGUGACAAAUAUACCAAUGGGGGGCACACCCUGUGUCCUACAGACACAUUCUAGUUUUUUUCUAUCUAAUUUCAACUAUCCCAGAUAACAGUUUAUUAAGCCGACAUAUCACUUGUAAUGCAAAAGAUAUUCAUAUUUGUAGCGCAGGUAUGACCUUCAUAAAUCACUUCAUAGAGUACAGUUUGGUUGAAUUACAUUUUUUAGUCAAACUCAAUCAACAUUUUCAUUUUUGUUAGGUUGGGCGACCUGUGAAGUUCCCAUUGUUUUCUUUAUCAUGUUCUCAGCCUAUUUGAAAGAAAAUUUCGGUGAAUGAUGGGUUGUUUCACUUGAAAAUUGAACAGCAUAUAAAAAAUAUUUCACUAUAUAUUAUUUACAAAAUAAUUCCUGAAAAGGAUUGCAUUCUUUCGGACAGUUAAACGCCUUUAAAACACAACGUUUUCAAAGAACUGCUACAUAUCUUCGCUUUGAUGCAUUUGCAAUAAUACCCCAAGCCUGAAAUGUCACAUAACUAGGUUGAACAUAGUUUUCAGCAAUUGUUUAUUUUAUUUCUUUACAAAGGUCAUUCAUUUUUAAAGAGGUGACCUAUAUUCCAAUCUUUAAAAGCAAAAUUCGUGUAAAACGAAAAAUGUAUCGCACGUACAAAGCCAUACAUUUAUGGAAUCCAGUUCCAUCAAACAUCAAUCUGUCAAAGAUAAUUUAUUAACAUUUUAACGAAAAAUUAAGGAAUAUUUAUUACAAGAUCAACGUUACUAAUACAUCAAUAUUAUCAUGCAUUUUUAUGACAAAGGUUAGCUUUUAAAUUUUAUGAUAUUGAUGGAUGAUUGCACAUGUAUGCAAAAUGAAUUACACUGAUUUAUCUUUAUACUCUUCUUGUUGUAGAUAGUGUGUUUUUACAUUGAUAUAGAAGGCCAUAUUGGAAAUAAGUUGUAUGUAUACUAUGUAUAAUACUCUUAAUAUGUCACCUUCUUAAAUAAAGUUAUUAUUUUUUAUUAUUAUUAUAAUCAUAAAUGUUCACACUGUUUUUACCCAAUGUUAAAUCGAAUGUUCUGAGACUCUAGUUUUCACUAUAUUUCAUUUUCUCAUAGCCUGUAUCAAAAUGAUAAAAUUUUAUAUAAAUUUCUACAUCAUUGCGUUAUUUCUACACGAUUUCCCUGAAAAAAAAAACUAGUUACAAAUUUGCAGUGAUAUAAAUUAUGCCAAAACAAUGU